AUGCUCCGGCCAUUUAUCGCCGCAAUUCUGCUGUACGGCACCCUAGCAAUUCCCCUGAAUCGCUCAGAUUCUCUUCUGAAUGACCACGUGGAGCAGAUGCCAAUCGAGAGGGACGGAGAUCUGAAUGAGAACUUCCGGCAGGAAAUGAUAUUCUCGCACAAUCUGGACACCUCGGACACUAAUCAGCUUACGGAGGACAUCAGGGAAAUGUUCGAACAGUUCGUUUACAUCCACUCCUUUUUCGCUCUCCAUACCUUCCGAUUAUCUCAGAACCGACACGAAUAUGGACGGCUUCCUAACUCCUCGUGAGCUCAAAAUCCGCAUUCAAAUGAAUAUGUUAGAGCAUUUGAACAAGAGCAAAAGGGAUUCAGAUGCGUUCUUUAAAAUGGUCGACGCGAACAAGGACGGAAUGAUCGAGUGGGAAGAGUUCGAACCGCACUUCAGAAAGAUGAACGCUAAAUUUGAUGAAAACAAAGGGCUCGAAGUGCCAACUGAAGGUUUUGAGGGAAAAUGAAAUGAAGAAGACGAACGGGGGAGUUAUUCAGAUCCGGGACAAGUGGAGGACGAGAAACGAAUGUUCAAUCGGUCGGAUAUCACUCGCGACGGACGGCUUGAUGGACUGGAAUGGCACGUGUUCCUGCAUCCGGAGUACUCUGCUCAGGGGCUCGUCGACAUCGUCAACGACCUCAUUUCUCUUUACGGUACGCUCAUUUCCAUGUCGUUCCAUUUUCACAUCAUUUUUAGAUGCGAACGACGACAAAAUCAUCACUCGCGAAGAGUUUGUGAACGGAAUUCCGGGCAGCGUCGAUGAAUCAAAUCCGGAAUUUGCGAAAAUGGAAAAGGUGGAAAAGGAAAAGAGGUGAGCGGAAAAAGCUGCGAAUUGAAAGAAAACCCAUUAACAGAAGUGAGGAGUUUGACAUGGAAAUCGAUUUGAAUUCCGACGGAAAUGCCACGUUCCGAGAACUUUACGAGUACGUGGAUCCUCAGAAUUUCCGACUCGCCUUCAAGGAAGUUAAUGAUGUGAGUGAGGUGCAUCUUCUCGGAACAAUCCGUCCACUUUCAGAUUAUGAUGCUAGCAGACGCUGAUGACGACGGAAAGCUGACACUUGAAGAGAUGCUCGAACGAGAUUGGCUUCUCGCCCGAUCCAGUCUUCUUUCUGUUCGAAAAAACCUUCACGACGAAAUGUAA